AAGAUCACUUGAAAGAUAACGAGUGAGUAUUUAUACUCAGCAAGAGUCUUAAGUCCCACAAAAGCAAGGAUCAAAUUUCUUCCGGCCAUUCGAUCUUUGCCUUCUCCAGAUCCUCGUCUCCAUUGCUCUCCUCGAGUUUAUAAGGAACCAGAAGUCAGCUUUUUGUGGCACUACAGGAAGUAUUGUGGAAGUUGAUUCUUCAUUUUGGACAUUAUUAAUUAUAUCACCGACCGAUAAGCUUUAGUUAUGAGUCAACUCUGGCGUCAACAAGACUGUGGUGAGAUAAGCUUAAUUAGGAGGGAACGUGAGCGCCAGCAAGAAAACGGGAACUUGGAUUUUGAGAAGCAAUCUGGUAGCCAGCUGGAUGAACUGAAGGAAGCUUCCAUGUUUAAUUGGCAUUGGAAGUUAAUAGUGUUGUUUGGGAUUUCAGUACUAUGUGUGGAUCCUUUGUUUUUGUACAUUCCUGUGAUCAACCAAGAUGACAAGUGUCUUAAGUCAGAUGAAAGACUGAUGCUCACAGCUAUUUGUUUACGAUCGUUCUUCGAUAUGAUUUAUGUUGGAAAUAUCAUUUUGGGAUACUUUAGUCGUAGACAGGGACGAACUGGGUUAAAUCUAGAUGAUCAGCAGCCUCGGCAAAUAAUAAAGAGGUAUUUGAGGUCGUACUUCGCAAUUGACAUCCUCGCUCUUCUUCCAAUCCCACAGGUUUUGGUUCCAAUUUUUUUCUCAAAAAUGACAAGACCGAAAAUUUUUAGAAUAAGGAUGAUGCUCCUAAACCUCUUUCUUCUCUUGCAAUAUGUGCCGAGAGUUCUUCGAAUCUACCUAUCAUGGAAGAAACAUAUCAAGAGUGUCAAAUACGCUAGAAGAGUAUGGACUAAAGCUCUAUUCAAUAUUUUUCUAUAUAUCCUUGCCAGCCAUGUACUUGGUGGCUUUUGGUACUUUUUCUCUAUCGAACGAGAGACGGCUUGCUGGCACAUAGCCUAUGAAAAUCAUAAGAGAAAUACUCCAAGUUCUUUUAAAUGUGAUCCUUUCAAAAAUAACAUAACAUUAAUAGAUGAUUCUUGCCCUAUACAAACAUCAAAUACAACGAUCUUUAAUUUUGGAAUAUUCCUUGAGGCCCUUCAAUCUGGUAUUGUGUCGUCCGAAAAUAUUCCACAAAAGAUCAUGCAUUGCUUCUGGUGGGGCUUGCGAAAUUUGAGUUCUCUUGGUCAAAACCUUCAAACAAGUUCUUAUUUCUGGGAAAACUGCUUCGCAACUUUUAUUUCGAUCUAUGGUUUGCUAAUGCUUUUGUACUUCAUCGGUAAUGCGCAGAUAUACCUGCAGAAGGCAAAUGAGGAGGCAGCUGAGAAGGCUAAGAAGUUGGAGGAGAUCGAACGGAAAAUGGGACUCAUAAAAACAGAAAUAGAGUCCUGGAUGGCUACAAACCAGUUCUCUAACGAUAUGAAAGCGCAGAUCAUCACCUGCGUACGACAAAAACUAGAAGAAAAUAAAGAUUUUGAUAUGGAGAGACCAUUCUCUUAUAUUUCCAAAGAACUUAUGACAAAGAUGAGGAUCCAUCUUUGUCUACCCUUGCUAAAAAAAGUUCCAAAUCUUGAAAAUCAUGGUGAAAAUCUGGCGGAACGGAUCUGCGAAUCUCUCAAGCCAAAGUACUACAAUGAAGACAGCUACAUUCUCCGGGAGGGAGAACCACUUAUGAUGCUUAUUAUCACGCAAGGCAGUGCAUGUUGCUUCAAACCUAGUAAUGGUGAGAAUGGUGAAGGAAUCGACUCAGACACUCAGUAUAUUGAAAAAGGUGAUCUCUAUGGAGAAGAACUUCUAGAGUGGGGGUUCAACCGCUCCUCAUCACACAAAAAACCGGUCCCAAUCUCCAACAAAACUGUCAAAACCCACUCAAAAGUACUUGAAGUCUUUACUUUAACGGCCAAUGACUUGAAACAUCUAGUUCCGAUGCAUACCCGAGCAGCUUUUGCUGCAAAAAGAGUUUUUCAGAACUUUACAGAAAAGAAGAACGAAAAUUCUCCCAAAAUGAAAAAUCCAAGAGCAAUUAUGCCACAGCCACGUACACAAUGAUGUUCAAAAGCAGUAGUUUGUUCUGAAGGUCUUUGCGUUAAGUUGUAUACUCCACUGGUUUGCCUGUGAUAGAGUAUGCUAGUUGUUUGAAUUAUGAAUGGUGGAGGUAGAAUUAGGAAAUAUUGAACAACUUGUUAAUUUAUAAAACUGUCGAAAUGCGACAGAUUGUUAUUUAAUUUGCUGAAUGUAUGUCUUUAAUUUUUCAUA